UGUUACUUCCUGUUUGGUCCGGAGCAGACCCUCCUCUGUCCUCUCUUUCUCCUCUGUUGUCUUUGUCUGAUUAAAGUGUCCUCCUUCAUCUCCCUGUCUCUCCUCCAUUACGCGGACUCACCGCCAGCUCACAUUAAACCCGACCGGGAGCAUCUGGAUUCUGUGUCCGGGACGCAGAGCGCAGAGCCGGGAUGAGUUCACAAGAGGAGCCGGUGUUCGUCCGGUUCUUCCUCUCCGGCUCCUGAUGGAUUUCACGUAGACUGUUUGCCCACAAACCACAAAUAAUGCUCUCUGGUGCUAAUGCUAAUGAGACUAAGUGCUAACCAGGUUAGUUAAACCAGUGAAAUGAACGUUAGUUAUCCCUGCUUUCACUCCGCCUGUUAAAGUGCCUGUUUUUUAAAGGUAGUUUGGUGAACUCACUCAAAGCUAAAAGUGCUACAGAUUAGCUAGCUUCUGCUAAAACUGGGUUCAGAUGUACUUUAAGUUCGGUUGACUUGAGUUUUAAAUGGGCUGAACCGAGCCUUAAAUGUUGAGUUUAGAGAGUGGAACUCAAUUCAAGUGUCCUUUUCGGUGUUUAUAGCAGGUUUUGAGUUUAGUUUGACUUUAGUUUACUAAGUUUUUGAAUGAAGUUUGGUCUGGUUUCCACAGCGGGUUGAAUUCAGUCCGUCUGUGGUUUAAAACUGGGCCAAAAUCAGGUUUUAAGUGUUGACAGAGUUCCGGUUCUGGUAAUUAGUCCUGUGUAAGACCGGGUAAUACAAAAAAAAGUGGGUCUAGAAGCAGCUAGUCUUGGGUUGAACCCACUUCUUGAUGGGUCCUUAUUAGUGUUUAUAACUGGUCUGGAUUUGGUUUGGACCUCAGUUAGUCUUUUGGGUUUUGAAUGUCUUGAGGCCCGGCUCACAUCCAGGAUUACAUUCUGCUGGUCUCUGGUUUAAAACUGGGUUUAAAUAGACUCAGAUUUUGGUUAAAUACAUUUUCAAUUCAUUCCUCUGCUGAAACUGGACUGGUGAACUGGUCCUGACUACAUUUAGACCUGGUUUCACAGGUCUAAAUGUAGUCUGACCCAGGUUUAGGACGGUCCAGAGGAAGCUGGUCCCUAUUUUAGCGUCCUUGUUGAUUGUUUCUGGUCUAAAUAAAGGUUUUGUUUGUGAAUGUGAGGCCUGGCCUACAUAGAGGGUUGACUUUUAAAAACCGGUUCUGGAUGUAGUCUGGUCCUUGCUGCCCCUCUGGUGACGGUCUGUGUGGGUUCUGAAGUUCAAAGUCGGGUUUCUGUUGGUCUUGGAUGCUGUUAGUCCAGGUCUAAGUGGGGUUUAGUCCCAGGUUUAGCUCACAAUGGCAGAGCUCCACCAGACUCCGACCUCACUGUGCUGCUGCCGUAAAUCCCUGCCGGUCUCUGGGGCCCGGUGUGUCGGGGACCCCAGCCGGCCCUCAGCGGGUCCCGGGUCCCCGCGAUGUCCCCUGGUGGACGUGGCCUCGGCGUCUAACUUCCGCAGCUUCAAGCUGCGACACUUCCACCUGGACCUGCGGCUGAAUUUUGCCGUGAAGGAGAUGAGCGGCUGGUUGGUUCUGGACCUGGUCCCAGUCCAGCCUGGGGUCCAUACCCUGGUCCUGGACUCCCACUCCUCCCUCCUCAUCCACUCCAUAGAUUGUAAGGUCCCCGGGGCCGGACAGGAGGCCCCUGUCUCCCUCACGUACCGGGUCGACCCGUUCACAGACUACGGCUCCUCGCUCAACAUCAGCCUGCCGUCAGCAGCGGUGAAACCGGGCCGGCUGAUCCACAUCACGGUCCGUUACACCACCACAGACGGGCCGGCGAUCUGGUGGCUGGACUCUGAGCUCACCUGUGGACAGGUCCGUCCUCUGGUCUUCACUCAGGGACACUCGGUGUGUAAUCGUUCCUUCUUCCCGUGCUUCGACACGCCGGCUGUGAAGAGCACGUACACGGCAACAGUCAGGGUUCCAGACGGCGUGACGGUUCUGAUGAGUGCGUCUCAGAGCUCGUACUCCAAACAGGACCGGGUCUUCCAGUUCUCCAUGGAGUUUCCUGUCCCGUCCUACCUCGUGGCCUUGGUGGCCGGAGAGCUGCAGCACGUCGACGUCGGCCCACGGAGUCGUGUGUGGGCGGAGCCAUGUCUGCUGUCCUGUGCGGUGAAGAAGCUGGGGGGCAGCGUGGAGCGCUGGCUGGGCGUGGCCGAGGAGCUGUUUGGACCUUACCUGUGGGGCAGGUGUGACAUCGUGUUCCUCCCCCCCUCCUUCCCCAUCGUGGCCAUGGAGAACCCCUGCCUCACCUUCAUCAUCGCCUCCAUUCUGGAGAGCAGCGAGUUCCUGCUGAUCGAUGUCAUCCACGAGAUCGCCCACGGCUGGUUCGGCAACGCCGUCACCAACGCCACCUGGGAGGAGAUGUGGCUGAGCGAAGGGUUGGCCACCUACGCCCAGCGACGGAUCACUACUGAGGCCUACGGUGAGGCCUUCACCUGUCUGGAAACUGCCGUCCGAUUGGACGCCCUACACAGACAGCUGCGUCUCCUCGGAGACAACAACCCUGUGAGCAAACUGCAGGUCAAGUUUGAACCAGGUGUGAACCCCAGCUCUCUGAUGAACCUGUUCACCUACGAGAAAGGUUUCUGCUUCGUCUCCUACCUGUCGCAGCUCUGUGGAGACGUCAGGCGCUUCGACUGUUUCCUGAGGGACUACAUCUCGGAGUUUAACUUUAAGAGCGUGGUGGCUCAGGACCUGAUCGACUACUUCCUGGGUUACUUCCCGGACCUGAAGGACGCCGCCGUCGCCCAGAGAGAAGGUCUGGAGUUCGAGCGCUGGCUCAGCGGGUGUGGCCCUCCUCUGUAUGAGCCGGAUCUGUCAGCAGGGGGCGCUCUGACCCAGCCGGUCCAGGAUCUGUGCGACCUGUGGAGGAGCGGCUCCGCCCCCGACCAGAAGACCGUCUCCACCUUUGACCUGUCGGCCUGGAGCACCUUCCAGAUCGUCCUGUUCCUGGACCGCAUGCUGGACCUGUCCCCUCUGCCCCACGAUGUGAUGGCGAGUCUGUCCGGCUGCUACUCGUCCCUGUUUGACGGUCUGAAUGCUGAGGUCCAGAUCCGCUGGCUGCAGAUGGUGGUCAGGAACAGCUUCUACCCGGACCUGCCCCGAGUCCGAGCCUUCCUCCACAAACACACAUCCAGGAUGUACACCGUGCCGCUGUACGAUGACCUGGUUGCCGGGGUGAUGAAGUGCGUUGCCGUGGAGAUUUUUAACCAGACUCAGCGCCGCCUGCAUCCGAACCUCAGACGGACGUUACAGCAGAUCCUGUUCCAGACCGCCACCGGCCCGACCAAUCAGAACGCCCCUGCUCUGGCCAUCGUAUCCCCCUCCCCGCAGCCCGCCGCCACGGCACCCGCCGCUGCCGGGACUGCCUCUGCCAUCGCUCUGCGGGACGUCAACGUCUCCGCGUGAAGCCCAUCUAUUCUGUCACGUGACGCGGCCGUGAUUGGCCGUUGGUCACAGGUGAAGAGCUGAACGUGGUCAGAUUAAUCAUGUCAGCUGUUGCCGUGGCAACGCUCCAGACGCUCAAAGUUUGAACACUGAUGAAGAAGAAAACUCCGCCAAGGGGGUCAAAGGUCACGGCUUCUGUAUGAUGACGCAUCAUGUGACUCUUUUAUAAGGUUCAUCAGGAGCUGCUCAAGCCGCGGCUGGCGGCCCUCAGACGGCUCCUCUGAUUGGUUCAGAGUCUCUGGUCGACUUAAAGUGCAAUUUAACAGAUCGCUUGGAACAAGAGUUCUGUGUUUGGACUGUUCGGCUCAUUAUCAGCUGAUUCCACCCGUCAGCUGAUCGAUCGGCUCCCUGAUCCAGGAAGCAGCCCGGAGGCUCGUUUCUGUCGAGGAAGCGGUCUGAACGAUCAAACUACAGAUUGUAAGAUACAGAUUGUCCGAAACGUGCCGCGUUGGACAGAAACGAGCCUCUGGAGCCGCCAACCCGUCCACGCCUCAGAGUCCGAGUUGGACCCGUUAACACGUAGCGAUACUUUCACUACCUCCUGAUUCUGACCUGCAGACCAGGACCCGGGGCACGCCGACGCUCUGUUCCACUUUCACUGUGUCACAUGACUCAGCAGGAAACGCACACACCAGCAGACUUCACCCGAGUGGCCUUAAUGCUGCGUUCACUGCAGCUGGGAACUGAGAGUUUUUAGUUCUUCUUUGCCCCUUUAAUGUCGGGUCUGCCUGUUUUUACCUUCAGUCAGCAGCAAUAAGUCCAGACGCAGUACUGAGAAACACACGGGAAGAGGACACGUAGCACCUGCAGGACCAGAGGCCAGCAGGAACCGAACCGGUCUGAGACAACAAAAGCUCUGCUGCUGCUCGGCUGGUAGACCAGGGUCAGUACUGGAUCACUGUGAGACUAGGGAUCCCGUACUGGAUCACUGUGAGACUAGGGAUCCCGUACUGGAUCACUGUAAGGCUGGCUGUGUGUAAAGAAAUUAUAAUAUUUUUAUUUACAUGUUCAACAAAUGAAAGAUUGAGAAACGUCCCACUUUUCCCAGCUGUCAGUGAACGCCUCUGUAAUGAAUGUUGGACUACAAAUAAACACUUGAAACUACA